AUGGACGGCGUCGUCGGUGAUAUUCAGCACGCGAAUUUCCAAACAUACUUCCAAGUCGCGGUCACGGUUGCGGCUCUUUACGACCACCUCAUAACGUUGGACGUAGAGAGGAAAAAAUGGUCCGCUGUGAAUGUUUUCUUCAUAAUUAAUCGAUACUUCGGCGAAGCCCUUCCCCUCCGGAUGUUCGUUCAAAAUUUGCUUCACCCCUUAACUUCAAUGCUUACCGCCUCCUGUGCUUUUUCCCUUGUGUUUCAGGACUCAUGUAAGAUCGCGUCAAAGGUUCAAGGAUGGGGAUGCCAUGUUCUGAUUUGGUCGAUGCAAGCCAUCAUGCUAUAUCGAAUCUGUUGCCUGUACAAGCAUUCAAGAAAGCUCAUGGUCCAUUUAAUGCCGGCCCGGAUCACUCCUCAGGCCCUCAUUCCUCAGGUCCACCUCCAGGUCCACCUCCAGGUCCUCCUCCCUCAGGCGGCCCUCCUCCUGGUCCACCUCCUUCCUCACGCCCUCCUUCCUCAGGUCCACCUUUCCCAGGCGGCCCUUCACGUCAUCCCCCCUCAGGCGGCCCUCCAGGUCCUCCUCCCUCAGGCCUCUCUCCUUCUGGAGGUUUUCCUCCUUCUCACGGAGGAAUCCACAACUGCCUAUCAUCUUCUCCAAGCUGGUAUUUCAUAUCCUGGACGCCAAUAUUUGUGUUUGAGCUGGUAA